CCACUUAAUCGUAGUACACACAAGAAUUAGCAAAUAUUAUCAUAACCAUUACUUUGCGAGGUUAUUAUAGCAACGGUAGCGUGUAUGAGCUUAGAUGUAAGGUAGUUUUCAUAUUUGCUACACGUAACUAAAGCAUCAUGAAUAAAACAAGUUACGAAAACGACUUGGAGGUUUGGUCUCAGUUUUUGAUCAAAGUGUUUGAAGGAAAACCCCACUUGUUGAAUAUAUUUUUUGUGGUUGUGUACCUAAUCAUUUUCUUCGUUAGUAUUAUCGGUAAUGUCCUAACUUGCAUCGUCAUUUACUCAGUGAAAUCCAUGCACACUGCCACAAAUUACUAUCUAUUCAAUUUGGCUGUUUCUGAUCUAAUAGUUACGUUCACCAAUUUAGCGGAUGUUUACGACUUUGUAACAGACUUUUCGAAAAUUGAUGAUUUCACUUGCCAGCUAAGAUUUUUCUUCAUAACGUGUCUAUGGAAUAAUGGAAUUCUUAUGAUGACGAUUCUAGCUAUUGAGAGGUACAUAGUAAUAUGGUACCCAUUGCUAUUAAACACAUCACCAGUUUGGAAACGAGUAUCAAAAGUGAUAACAAUCAUAUGGAUUGUAGCAAUACUGGAGUCACUACCAGAUGUAUGGUCAGUGAAAAAUAUAAAGACGAAAACAGUAUCGAUAUGUUUCACCGUACCGACAGAAGAAGCGAGGACAAUUAACGGUAUACUUGCGUUGCUUACAUUCGUAAUACCUUUGGCGAUUAUGAUAUUUGUGUAUACCAUGAUAGCGUUCAAAGUGAAUGAGAAUGAGAUGACCAGUUCUAAAGGAAAAAUUUUCAACCACCGUGACAACAGGCGAAGAGUUCACAAAAUAAUUGUAGCACUGACGGGAUCGUUUUUAAUCUGUUGGCUUCCAUUCUUCACCUAUCGUAUAAUGAUUUUCGCCUACGAUAUGCGACAAUUGAUGCAAUUUGAAUGGUGGUUUAGCACAGGAAUCAGAAUAACGUUAAUGAAUACCUGGUUUAGUGUUGUACUGAAUCCGAUUUUGUUCAGUCUCAUGUCUACCAAGUUUCGAAGAGCGUUAAAAAUGUUAUGGACGAAAAAAUUUAAACGAGAAUGUCCUUUAAAAAUUGACGUCAUUGCCUGAUACUACACAGCGGAGAUAACAGUUUAUCUUAUUAGUAAUUAUCAAAUAUUGUCUGAGAACGAAUAUAAGAGAGACAAGUAACAUAGAUACAGCAUAUUAUUAUGCAAUAAUCUAUUAAUCUUAUAUGUAAUCUCUGUACCGGUCACCAUACUCUAUGGUUUACGUUUUGGUGCGAACGUUGUUUUAGUAAAUGAAUCUGUAGUCUAUAAAAAUAAAUGAAAACCAGCUAUA